AUAUGGCAGUUCACGACUGUCUGUAUCCCCAGUCCUAGAGAAUCCAGCACCCUUUUAUGUCAGCAUCAGUCAUGCACAUGGUACAGUGUACAUGCUGACAAAUCACUCAAUACACAUAGAAUAAGUAAAAAAUUUAAAACACAAAAGGAACUCUCACAUUAGGUUGAGACAUGAAUCUGCAGCGAGUUCCUGUACAAAAGGGUUCAUAACCUGAAUAUUUAAAGAACUUCAAAUACAUAAUCAGAAUGAGAUGAGUAGCCAAGCACUCGCCCACGGACGCCUCACCUCAGAGAUCUGGGUCACCCGUGUUGGUGGAACCGUCACCAUGCCUUUGGCUAGAGAUCUGAUAAGCCCUUCCUUGGAAGAGGAAAAGAAAAAACAUAAGAAGAAACGGCUGGUUCAGAGCCCAAAUUCUUACUUCAUGGAUGUGAAAUGUCCAGGUUGCUACAAGAUUACUACAGUUUUCAGUCAUGCUCAGACAGUGGUUCUUUGUGUAGGUUAUUCAACAGUGCUGUGCCAGCCCACAGGAGGAAAAGCCAGGCUCACAGAAGGCUGUUCAUUUAGAAGAAAGCAACACUAAUCAUCUAUACAUGUUCCUGAGUUUUGUGUUUUUCACAGAAAGCCUUAUCAAGUUCAGUGA